ACAAGCUGCAGUCACCAAAUGUUGAAACGAUCCCUCGGGGCGGCUUGUUUUUGACAUUGUGGGUUGCGAAUGAGUAUUUGAGUAGGGGUCGGGCUGGUCGAGCUGCCAGAACUUCCAACGCAUGCAACCGCAGGAGUAUAAUCUUUCAGGUCUCUCUGUCAUCGUACCAAGAAAGCAAAAGCCCCACAGAGCGGCUGGCUACUAGUUCGGGUAGGUGAACACGAAGUAUGAACUGAUGAAGAGUAGGCAAGGUUCUAACACAAUAAUCUUUUGGACGAUUGAACUACUGUGGACGCGUAGGAUUGACGUCCUAUAUGUGCGUCCAUGCGAGGGAGCUAAAGGCAAGACUUAUUACGUCUACAAUAUAUGCCGGCGUUUGCGUCCACCACGUCACGCUUUGUUGUUGCGUUCUGUCUCCUCUUUCCGUCCACCGCGACACGCUGUGUUACUGCGUGUUCGUUCUGUCUCCUUUUUACGGCUCUUUCCUCGAGGCCUCACUACUAUGGCGACCUCUGCUUCAUUUCACGACGUUGUUGGUCUUCAAAACGGAAGUACUCCAGAAAUUGGAGAUAUUCGCGUAAAUGUGUUCACAUUUCGUGCCAACACGUCUUCUGCUGAAGAUGGAAUCUACCGGAAUGCCAUUCGGAGGAAUUGCAUUCGCAGGAUUGGGAGAUUUUCGGCAGGCAGGUCCUAUUGUCAGCGGAGCAGGAGAAACAGCAACUUUGGCAGUAUCAGUGAAAUAAUCGACGCUAUGGCCAGACAUGUGGAUUUUGAAUCCCAACACCGCAAUUCGCAGCAUGGGUGACCCGGAUCGCAUUGGAAAAGACUGCUCCAGAAAUCGACAGAAUCUCGCACUCAUAGCAGUGACUACAAACUUCAACAAUACCAUUAACUUCCUCUUCCCACCACAUAUUCUCAAAAACGCUAA